GGAUUCCCCGGUAUUCCAGGAGCACUUGGGGACCCAGGAUUAGAUGGCAUGCCUGGAGCCAAUGGUGAUCCUGGAUUGACAGGUCCUCCAGGAUACCCUGGACUGAAGGGAGACAAAGGGCUACCUGGACAAUCUGGCCUAAAUGGGCCAAAAGGAGACAAAGGAAGCUUAGGUGGACAAGGAGUGAUAGGCUAUCCUGGAGUGAGAGGAGAAAAGGGAGAUAGGGGCCCUGAAGGACCAACAAUAGAAAUAAAGGGCGACAAGGGAGAGCCUGGUGCCCCAGGACUGCAGGGCUUCAGUGGAGCGAAGGGAGAUCAAGGGUUCAUAGGACCACCAGGACAACAAGGUUUCAAGGGCGACAGAGGAUUCCCGGGCCCUAUUGGACCUCAGGGAAGGCCAGGAUUUGAUGGUGUCAAAGGUAAAGUCUCUCCAAACAUAUUUAGUUCACAGUUCACAAGCCAGUUACAUUUUGUGAUCAAAGGUUUCCCAGGCUUGCCAGGCCCACCUCCGAUAAAGGGUGAGAAGGGUCUGCCGGGACUUAAUUUGCAAACAUUGGCAGAAUUGGAGCACCUGGAAUACCCUGGACAAAACAAGGUGAGAACCCGGGUUCCCAGGAUUACCUGGAAAGCAAGGGCCUGUGGGUCCUAUAGGAUCAGUUGGAGCACCUGGGGACAAGGGGUGACAGAGGCUCCCCUGGCAAUUCCUGGCCCAACCAGGACAAGAUGGACCCCCGGGAUUUCCCUGGAAAGGACGGGUUGCCAGGGAUUUUCCAAGGACCUAAAGGAGAUGCAGGCAGGCCAGCGAGCAAUUGGAUCCCCGAGGCGAGAAGGUAAACCAAGGGCCACCAGGAGGUUGGCAGUCACUGGCAAGUCCGGUUCUUGGGCCUGGAAGACUUCAAGUGCGACCACCGUUUAUCGGAGUGUAAUGGAGCGCGCUUGGUACCUGCCACUACUUCGCAAACAAGCUGAGUUUCUGGUGGCCCCACCAAUCGAGAGAGAGCGAGCA